AUCGACACUUCUACAAAAAGCUAAAAGAAGGAAUAAAGAUGCGGAAUUCUUUAGGGUGAUAAUAGAAAAAUAUACUUGCAUUGAACAUUACAAAAGGCCAAAUGCCUGAUCCUAAAGUGUCAUAAAAUAGUUUGUGAAGUUCCUUUAGUUCCCUCCAGGGCAGCUAUUUCGCUGAACCCGUUCGCUGCGAAGAUAACAACAUGACGAACAUUACACAGAACCCGCAGUAUUCACUCUCGCCUAAUCGAACUACGUCUAAAGUGCUUGCCGUGUGUCUCAUUGGUGCCGCGGAUCUGCAAACUCAUCGUAUCAUUAGACUUCAAUUGCCAUAGUUAUGAGGAGAUGACAAAAACGGUUCUCACACAUUAAUCAACCGUUGCUCGCAAGCCCCCCUAUUCACUUCAAAACAGUGCAUGCAUCCGUUAAGGUACAAUCUAAGCCUAAUUACUCGGUUCGUACAGAUGACUUCCUACUACCCGUCUGCUUCACCACCCGGGGGCAGAUAUGAUUCGCUUGAGUAAGUAGCCGCUCAUCACGCUGCUUAUCGGGAAGGCACACGCCAUGGCUUGUGGCUUGUGUCUCUCGACUCGUAGAUUUACAAUGGCCACACGAGUUUUUUGCGAGUUGCGCUAAAUCAUUUCUAACCCCAGCUGUGGCGGCUUUACGUGCGACGGCAUUUAGGGAGAUCUCUGAGUGACUUUAACCGACAAAGCUCCGAGCUGGAUUAGUGCUAACAAGAUGUCCAGCCCGAAAGGAGUUCCACAGCUGCCCAGCUAUCUGACCGAAUCGUUGAUCAAGCGAUCGCUGGAGCAUGAGCUCGGUCGUCCGGUCACGAUAGAAAGCUUCACGGCCGGUCCAGCGACAGCGGCCGGUGAUAAUUAUCUGAGCGACGUGUUCUGGAUACGAGUUCUGUACGAUGGUGGUACCAGUGAGAAGCGUCUGCUGGCCAAGUGUAUGCCGGAUGUCGGCGAUCGCGGUACCGUGCUCGAUAUUCUCGAUGCAUUCCGCAAGGAGGCGGACACGUUCCAGCAGGUGUUACCGGCCUUCACGCAGCUCAUCCACUUCGAGGGCACCGCGGAGGAGCGUUUCGGGGCUAGGUGCUACUAUGCCACCACGGAUCCGGUCCGAACGAUCGUGUUCGAAGACCUAAAGGCACUUGGCUUCCGUAUGUGCGAUCGAACCGUCGGUGGGCUGGACUAUGAGCAUUGUGCGUUGGUAAUGCGCAAAAUUGGUCGGUUCCAUGCGGCCUCCAUGCUGUACGCGGCCCAGAACACCGAAAACGAACGCUUGCUGCGCGAUCGUUACUCGUACGGAUUCUACAACCCACGGAUCAGUGUCGAGGAGUAUCGCAUCUUCCAGGUGUUCCAGGAGGGACUCGAGAAGUUUAUCGAAGUGGCUAGCGGUUGGCCCGAACUGGAGUCAACGGUACUCGAUAAACUGAAGGCAUUGCAGCCGACAUUCAAGCAGCGGUUGGCCGAUUGCGUCAAUACGACCAAUCCGGUAACCAAGGUUCGAGUGCUUAAUCAUGGCGAUCUGUGGAGCAAUAAUAUGAUGUUCCGGUACGAUGCCGCGGGGACGGUGCUCGAAACCAUGUUCGUCGACUAUCAGCUAUCGUCCUACGGAAGUCCGGGAAUCGAUCUGGUGUAUUCGCUUUACAACUGUCCCCGGUUUGACGUGCGCCGCAAUCGCCUGGACGAACUGAUACAGCUCUACCAUCGUUCGCUGUCUGAGGUGUUGAAGCGCGGCAAUUACGGGUCCGUGCCAACGCUCGAAACUAUCAAGGAGGAAUUUGCCCGCCAUGAGUACUUCGGGCUUGCCUGUGCGGUUGGUCUGCUGCCUGUUAUGCUGAUGGAGCGCAACGAAGAUGUUGACAUCAGUUUCGAUGCAUUUUUCGACAAGGAAAAGGUGAAGCGCAUACGAGACAUUCAGUACAAUGGCGCACUAUACCGGCAAUCGGUGGUACCGAUGGUGCAGAGUCUCGCUUCCCGCGGAUAUAUUGAUUAAGCUGCAACGAAGAGCCACUACGCUUUAUCGAUUAUAACAUUUACAGCAACACCAUUGCGAUCGGCCAAUACAUAGUACAAACGUUUCCAAACUGGUAAUAAACCAUUUUUCAAAUGAACGCAGCGUUAAUGCUAAUAUAGCUAUCACUGAUCGGCUGAUAACAAUGAGAGUUUACGAAUCGAGGGUUUUGUUAAAACUACUCACAU